AUGGGAAGAACUUUUCUAGCAUUGUUUGUGUUUUUAUCUCCUUCUGUUUAUUCUUUACCGUUGUCAACAAAAGGAAGGUGGAUCGUUGAUUCGACAACAGGGCGUCGAGUGAAGCUUGUGUGCGUGAAUUGGCCUUCCCACACACAGAGCAUGCUAAUAGAAGGUCUCAACCACAGGCCAUUAAAAGAGCUGGCAGAUGAGGCAAUCAAGUUAAGGUUUAAUUGUGUACGACUCACGUAUGCAACUCAAAUGUUCACUCGUUAUGCAAAUAGGACAGUUGAAGAGAAUUUUGACCUUCUCGAUUUAGAGCAAGCAAAAGCCAGAUUGGCUCAAUAUAAUCCUUUUGUGUUGAACAAGACUAUUGCUGAAGCCUAUGAAGCUGUUGUUGAUAUGCUUGGAGAGAGUGGUUUAAUGGUGAUUGCCGACAACCAUAUGAGUCAGCCAAGAUGGUGUUGCUCUCUUGACGAUGACAAUGGAUUUUUUGGAGACCGCUAUUUUGACCAUCAAGAAUGGCUACGAGGUCUCAACUUAGUUGCUCAACGCUUUUCCAAGAAAUCAACGGUACGUAAAAAUUAA